AUGACCACUUUACUCUUGGUCUUUGUGACUCUGAGGGUCAUUGCUGCAGUGAUCUCAGAAGAAGUUCCAGACCAUGACAACUCACUGAGCGUGAGCAUCCCUCAGCCAUCCCCACUGAAGGUCCUCCUAGGGACUUCCCUCACCAUCCCCUGCUACUUCAUCGACCCCAUGCAUCCUGUGACCACUGCCCCCUCCACUGCCCCCCUCACCCCAAGAAUCAAGUGGAGCCGUGUUUCCAAAGAAAAAGAGGUGGUACUCUUGGUGGCCACGGAAGGACAGGUUCGAGUCAACAGCAUCUACCAAGACAAGGUGUCACUCCCCAACUAUCCAGCCAUCCCCAGCGAUGCCACCUUGGAAAUCCAGAACCUUCGCUCCAAUGACUCUGGGAUCUAUCGAUGUGAAGUGAUGCACGGCAUCGAGGACAGCGAAGCCACCUUGGAGGUCAUUGUAAAAGGUAUUGUGUUCCACUACAGAGCUAUUUCCACACGCUACACGCUGGACUUUGACAGAGCACAGCGGGCUUGUCUACAGAACAGCGCCAUCAUCGCCACCCCGGAACAACUGCAGGCUGCCUAUGAGGAUGGCUUCCACCAGUGCGAUGCAGGCUGGCUGGCUGACCAGACAGUCAGAUACCCCAUCCACACUCCCCGAGAAGGUUGCUAUGGUGACAAGGAUGAGUUCCCUGGAGUGAGAACCUAUGGAAUCCGGGACACCAACGAGACCUAUGAUGUGUACUGCUUCGCUGAAGAGAUGGAAGGCGAGGUCUUUUAUGCCACAUCCCCGGAGAAAUUCACUUUCCAGGAGGCAGCCAACGAGUGCCGGAGGCUGGGGGCACGGUUGGCCACCACGGGCCAGCUCUACCUGGCCUGGCAAGGCGGAAUGGACAUGUGCAGCGCUGGCUGGCUGGCUGACCGCAGCGUGCGCUACCCCAUCUCAAAGGCUCGGCCCAACUGCGGAGGCAACCUCCUGGGUGUAAGGACUGUCUAUCUGCACGCCAACCAGACAGGCUAUCCUGAUCCCUCAUCCCGCUAUGACGCCAUCUGUUACACAGGUGAAGACUUUGUAGACAUCCCAGAAAACUUCUUCGGGGUGGGUGGUGAAGACGACAUCACCAUCCAGACGGUGACCUGGCCUGACUUGGAGCUGCCCCUGCCCCGUAAUAUCACGGAGGGAGAAGCCCGGGGCAAUGUGAUCCUCACUGCAAAGCCCAUCUUUGGCCUGUCCCCCACUAUCUCAGAGCCCGGGGAGGCCUUCACACUUGCCCCUGAAGUGGGGACCACAGCCUUCCCUAAGGCUGAGGAGAGAACUGAAGAAGCCACCAGGCCCUGGGGCUUUCCUGGGGAAGCCACACGUGGGCCGGACUCUGCCACUGCCUUCGCCAGUGAGGAUCUGGUGGUGCGAGUGACCAUCUCCCCAGGUACAGCUGAAGUCCCUGGUCAGCCCCGCUUACCAGGGGGAGUUGUAUUCCACUAUCGCCCAGGUUCCACCAGAUACUCUCUGACAUUCGAGGAGGCACAGCAGGCCUGCAUGCACACCGGGGCAGUGAUUGCCUCUCCUGAGCAGCUCCAGGCUGCCUAUGAGGCAGGCUAUGAGCAGUGUGACGCUGGCUGGCUGCAGGACCAGACCGUCAGAUAUCCCAUUGUGAGCCCACGGACUCCGUGUGUGGGUGACAAGGACAGCAGCCCAGGAGUCAGGACCUAUGGUGUACGCCCAUCAUCAGAAACCUAUGAUGUCUACUGCUACGUGGACAAGCUUGAAGGGGAAGUGUUCUUCGUCACACGCCUCGAGCAGUUCACCUUCCAGGAAGCUCAGGCCUUCUGUGUAGCUCAAAAUGCUACCCUGGCCUCCACUGGCCAGCUCUAUGCUGCCUGGAGCCAGGGCCUGGACAAGUGCUAUGCUGGCUGGCUGGCAGAUGGCACCCUCCGAUACCCCAUCGUCACCCCUCGGCCUGCCUGUGGUGGGGACAAACCGGGCGUGAGAACUGUCUACCUCUAUCCCAACCAGACCGGCCUCCCCGACCCACUGUCCAAGCAUCAUGCCUUCUGCUUCCGAGGUGUGUCAGUGGCUCCCUCUCCAGGAAAAGAAGGUGGUACACCCACGUCGCCCUCUGACAUAGAGGACUGGAUCAUCACACGGGUAGGGCCUGUUGUGGAUGCUGUCCCCUUGGAGCCAGAGACAACAGAAGUGCCAUAUUUCACCACUGAGCCAGAAAAACAGACUGAGUGGGAACCAGCCUACACCACAGUGGGCACAUCCCCACUGCCAGGGAUCCCUCCCACAUGGCUUCCCACUAUCCCAGCAGUAGAGGAACACACAGAAAGCCCCUCUGCCUCUGCAGAGCCCUCUGCCUCGGAAGUUCCAUCUGCCUCAGAGGAGCCAUACACACCUUCACAAGCAGUGCCAAGCACAACAGAGCUGCCAGGCUCAGGGGAGGCAUCAGGGGCACCUGACCUCAGUGGUGAUUUUACAGGCAGCGGAGACACUUCGGGACGCCUUGACUCCAGUGGGCAGCCAUCAGGAGGAAGUGAAAGUGGACUUCCCUCAGGUGACCUUGACUCCAGUGGGCUCAGCCCCACAGUGAGCUCAGGCCUGCCUGUAGAAAGUGGAUCAGCCUCGGGAGAUGGUGAAGUCCCCUGGUCCCGCACACCCACAGUUGGCAAGCUGCCCUCUGGAGGUGAAAGUCCUGAAGGCUCUGCCUCUGCCUCUGGAACAGGAGACCUUAGCGGGCUGCCUUCAGGAGGGGAAAUUACAGAAACUUCUGCUUCUGGGGUAGAAGAAAUCAGUGGGCUUCCUUCUGGAGGAGACGGUCUAGAAACUUCUACCUCUGGAGUAGAUGAUGUCAGUGGAAUUCCUACUGGAAGAGAAGGUCUAGAAACUUCUGCCUCUGGAGUAGAAGACCUCAGUGGGCUUCCUUCUGGAGAAGAAGGUCCAGAAACAUCUACCUCUGGAAUAGAGGACAUCAGUGUACUUCCAACUGGAGGAGAAAGUCUAGAAACUUCUGCUUCUGGAGUGGGAGACUUGAGUGGACUUCCCUCGGGAGAAGAAAGUUUAGAAAUAUCUGCUUCAGGUGCAGAGGAUGUCACCCCGCUUCCUACUGAAAGAGGAGGUCUAGAGACUACUGCCUCUGGAAUAGAGGACAUCACUGUGCUUCCUUCUGGAAGAGAAGGUCUAGAGACUUCUGCCUCUGGAGUAGAGGAUGUCAGUGGACUUCCUUCUGGAAGAGAAGGUCUAGAGACUUCUGCCUCUGGAAUAGAGGACAUUAGUGUGUUCCCUACUGAAGCAGAAGGUCUAGAAACUUCUGCCUCUGGAGGAUAUGUUAGUGGGAUUCCUUCUGGAGAUGGCACAGAAACCUCUGCUUCUGGAGUAGAGGGUGUGAGUGGUCUUCCUUCUGGAGGAGAGGGUCUAGAAACUUCUGCUUCUGGAGUGGAAGAUCUUGGCCUUUCUACUAAAGAUAGUCUAGAGACAUCUGCUUCAGGAAUAGAUGUUACUGAGUUUCCUUCUGGAAGAGGGGACCUAGAGACCUCUGUUUCUGGGGUAGGUGAUGACCUCAGUGGACUUCCUUCUGAAAAAGAAGGCCUAGAGACCUCAGCUUCUGGAUCUGAGGACCUUAGUGGCUUGCCUUCUGGAAAAGAAGACUUAGUAGGGUCUGCUUCUGGAGCCCUGGACUUUGGCAAGCUACCUUCUGGAACUCUAGGAAGUGGUCAAACUCCAGAAGCAAGUGGCCUUCCCUCUGGAUUUAGUGGUGAGUAUUCUGGCGUGGACAUCGGAAGUGGCCCAUCCUCUGGCCUGCCUGACUUUAGUGGACUUCCAUCUGGCUUCCCAACUGUCUCCCUUGUGGACAGUACCUUAGUGGAAGUGAUCACAGCCACCACUGCCAGUGAGCUGGAAGGAAGGGGAACCAUUGGCAUCAGUGGUGCAGGAGAAGUAUCAGGGCUGCCCCUCGGUGAAUUGGACAGUAGUGUGGACAUUAGUGGCCUCCCUUCAGGAACUGAACUCAGUGGCCAAGCAUCCGGAUCUCCUGAUAUCAGUGGAGAAACAUCUGGAUUUUUUGAUGUUAGUGGACAGCCAUUUGGAUCUUCUGGCAUCAGCGAGGGAACAUCUGGGAUUCCUGAAGUCAGUGGGCAGCCAUCAGGGAUUCCUGACACCACUGAGACAUCUGGAGUGACUGAGCUUACUGGACUGUCCUCUGGACAACCAGAUGUCAGUGGAGAAGGGUCUGGAAUUCUCUUUGUCACUGGCCAGUCCUCUGGCAUAACAUCUGUAAGUGGAGAAACCUCUGGACUUUUCGAUCUCAGUGGGCAGCCCUCGGGGUUCCCAGUGUUCAGUGGAAUAGCACCCGGAACCCCCGACCUGGCUUCGGGCACCAUGAGUGGCAGCGGGGAUUCUUCUGGCAUUACAUUUGUGGACACCAGUUUUGUUGAAGUGACCCCUACUACAUUUAAAGAAGAAGAGGGGUUAGGAUCUGUGGAACUCAGUGGCUUCCCUUCUGCAGAGACAGAUCUGUCUGGUACAUCUGGGACAGUGGAUGUCAGUGGACAAUCUUCUGGAGCAAUCGAUUCCAGUGGACUCACAUCCCCCACUCCAGAAUUCAGUGGCCUCCCAAGCGGAGAAGCUGAGGUCAGUGGAGAACUCUCUGGAGUUGAGACUGGGAGCAGCUUGCCCUCAGGAGCAUUUGAUGGCAGUGGACUUGUCUCAGGUUUCCCUACUGUGUCUCUUGUAGACAGAACUUUGGUGGAAUCUAUAACCCAGGCUCCUACUGCUCAAGAAGCUGGAGAAGGACCUUCGGGCAUUUUGGAAUUCAGUGGUGCCCAUUCUGGAUCACCAGACCUAUCUGGGGACCUUUCUGGGUCUUUGGACCUAAGCACAUUGCAGUCUGGGCAGAUAGAACCCAGCACAGAACCACCAAGCUCUCCGUAUUUUAGUGGAGACUUUUCUAGCACCACUGAUGUAAGUGGAGAAUCCACAGCCUCUGCAACUGGCAGUGGGGAAAGCUCAGGGCUUCCGGAAGUCACUUUAAUCACUUCAGAGUUAGUGGAAGGCGUGACUGAGCCAACUGUUUCCCAGGAACUUGGCCAUGGUCCUUCUAUGACAUAUACUCCCCGGCUCUUUGAGGCCAGUGGAGAAGCCUCAGCAUCUGGGGAUCUUGGUGGUACUGUAACAAACUUCCCUGGGUCUGGGUCUGGCAUAGAAGCUUCAGUCCCAGAAGCCAGCAGUGACCCAUCUGCUUACCCUGAGGCUGGAGUGGGAGUGACUGCUGCCCCUGAGGCCAGCAGUACAUUGUCUGAGUUCCCAGAUCUGCAUGGAAUCACCUCUGCCUUCCAUGAAGCAGAUCUGGAGAUGACAACCUUGGGCACGGAGGUGAGCAGUAACCCAUGGACCUUACAGGAAGGCACCGGGGAGGGAUCGGCUGCUCCGGAAGUGAGUGGAGAAUCUAGUACUACCUCCGAUGUCGACACAGGCACUUCAGGUGUGCCUUCUGCCACGCCCAUGGCUUCUGGAGACAGGACUGAAUUCAGUGGAGAAUGGUCUGAUCACACCUCAGAGGUGAUCGUUGCCCUAAGCACCACCAUCCCAGAGUCCGAGUGGGCCCAGCCUACCCAGCACCCUACAGAGACACUUCAAGAAAUCGAGUCCCCAAGUCCCUCAUACUCAGGAGAGGACACCCAAACAGCAGAAACAAUCAUGUCCCUGACAGACGCCCCCACCCUCUCUUCUCCAGAAGGAUCGGGGGAAACAGAGUCAACAGCUGCAGACAUUGAUGAGUGCCUUUCAAGCCCUUGUCUGAAUGGAGCCACCUGCGUGGAUGCCUUGGACACUUUCACAUGCUUAUGCCUUCCGAGCUACAGAGGGGACCUGUGUGAGAUCGACCAGGAGCAAUGUGAGGAAGGGUGGACCAAGUUCCAGGGCCACUGUUACCGCCACUUUCCUGACCGUGAGACCUGGGUGGAUGCGGAGAGGCGGUGUCGGGAGCAGCAGUCACACCUGAGCAGCAUUGUCACCCCUGAAGAACAGGAGUUCGUCAACAAAAACGCUCAGGACUACCAGUGGAUCGGUCUGAAUGACAGGACUAUCGAAGGGGACUUCCGCUGGUCUGACGGACACUCCCUGCAAUUUGAGAAGUGGCGUCCAAACCAGCCUGACAACUUCUUUGCCACUGGAGAGGACUGCGUGGUGAUGAUUUGGCAUGAGAGAGGCGAAUGGAACGAUGUCCCCUGCAAUUACCAGCUGCCCUUCACAUGUAAAAAGGGCACGGUGGCCUGUGGAGAGCCCCCAGUGGUGGAACAUGCCAGAACCCUCGGGCAGAAGAAGGAUCGUUAUGAGAUCAGCUCCCUGGUGAGGUACCAGUGUACUGAGGGCUUUGUCCAGCGCCACGUGCCCACCAUCCGGUGCCAGCCCAGUGGGCACUGGGAAGAGCCUCGAAUCACCUGCACAGACCCCAACACCUACAAGCACAGGCUACAGAAGCGGAGCUUGAGACCCACAUGGAGGAGCCGCCCCAGCAUGGCCCACUGAGAGGAGCUUCCAUAAUGUGCCCAGGAUGCUGAGCCCAGCAGCCAGCCAGGCUGACCAUGCAGCCCACCCACAUGGAGUCUUCCUGUCGCUUUUUGUCAUAUAAGGAAUCCAUUAAAAAAAAAAAAAAAAGGAAAAAAAAACCCACAUUGUGCGUGCCCCAUUCCCCGUAUCACCCAAACUGCAUCUAAUUUAUCCCCUUCUUCCCCCCACCCCCACCCCCCCAAAAAAAUGCCAAAGCAAAUUCACUGUAACCCAUGGACUGAAUUUAGAGACAUUUCUUUGAUUUCCCACCGUGCCUUUCCAGGGAUCAGUGCAGGGUCAGGGUGAGAAGUAAGGGGUUAAAUUAAAUAAAGAAGAUUAUUUUUU